CCCAGGAGAAUUGUGUCAAGCCUCUGAGCCUCAGAUUCACCCCUCGACCAGGAACAUCCCCACUCCCUGCGAUGACUGCUGUGCGUCGGAGGUCGUAGUCUGUCCAAGAUUCCCACCUGUUUGUGUGUCCAACCGUCCGUCGAGAUGCCCGACAAGAGGCCACUGGAUCCACACCAGCCGGUGCUCUAUAUCGAACACUGUCGCUAUCGCCACACUUAUAGGAAACAUGCUCUGCACCUCCAUUCUUCGCUGGCAGAAGCUCUGAGGGCCAUCCAGCCGAGGGUUAAGCUCCAGCUAAGGAUCAAUGACAAAGGUCCUCCGCAGGAUGGAUCCUUCGAGGUGGCGGUUGCCCAGCAACCCACCGAGGAUGCCACCGCCCGCCAAAGUGUGUGGACCGGCCUGCGGAGAAUGCCCAGUGCAUCGAAGGUUCCCCAUGUGGACGACAUCAUCACCCCGGUUUGUUUCGCCCUUCAGCUUAGGGAUCCCCACAUGGAGUCACAUCGACGGAUGCUGACCAAUUUGCGGCACAACGAGGGCAGUCGGGCAAGGAGGGGACUCAAAUAAGUAGUGAACAAGUAUUUUGUAUUAUAAACAAUCAAAUAAAAUACUGUUUUGGAUCUCACAUGUAUGAAAUUAUAACUUUUAAACCAAUAUUCUUACAUAUUUGUUUAAUAUACUUUCUGAAUAAAUAUACCAUCUUUAAAAAACAAUAUAGGCUGGAUAAAAUA